AUGGGAAAAAUAGUGCAUGAAAAUGUUAAUAUCAAAACAAAAGAGGAGAAGGUCAGAAAGGUAAGCAAGGACCAUCCAGAAGGGUAUAGAAGACUUGCAACUAGGAUGACUCCUGGUAGGAUUAGUGCAGCUGUCAAAGUAAUGUCCCCUGCACAAAAAACUGGGAUUGUGUGUAUGGGUUUUGGUUCACUUCUGAACAUUGACAUGGACACUGCUCUGGGGUUACUUAACUGCUAUCUGUUAGGUCACUAUGAUCUAGAUAGUAGCCGUCUAGUUCUGGAGAAUAUGGUCAUAAUAAUUACGAAAGACACAGUGCAUGACAUGUUGGGUUUACCAAAUGAAGGGGAAAAUUUCUUGAGCAUGACUAGUUGUGAGAAAGAUAAUCAAGUUCUUCAAGAAUGGAAAAGUCAAUAUGAUAAAAAGGGGUUUAACGGGGAAGAAUACCUGAAAAGGAUCAAAAACACAAAGGAAGACAGUCCUAUGUUUAGGCUGAAUUUUCUAACCCUUUUCAUUAACACAUUUGCGGAAUCAACUUUGAGUGGUACCAAUCAAAUAAAUGUUGUGAAUAAGUUGGUCAUGCUGGUGUAUGUAUAUAGCAUGAAGUUUACAAGAUUGAAGAUAGUUAAUAGGUUACCAUUUAUUAGGAAUGUUACGGGUGCUAGUCUGGAAAAAAUAAAGAAGUUGGAAAUUAGUGUUGGGGGGUUUGGUAGACAGCUACCAAAAGACUUUGAAAAUAUUGAUGGUGAUGAAGAAAUGGUUGAUGAAGAUGAAAUGUCGUAUGAGCUAACGAGAUUGUAUGGGGAUGAGGAGAAGAAUAUUGAAAAAGCUCUAAAAAAUGGAAUUGAGAAAUUCCCAGAUAGCUUGAUGUUGAACGAGUGGUACGAAAAAAAUAAAGAAUUGUUCGAGGAAGUGAAUAAGGCAGAUAAUGGAGGAAUAAAUAGUAAUGAAGCUGGUUUUGAUGGUCAUAGAAAAGAAGGAGAGUCAGAUGGUGGUAAGGAAGAAAAAUUCUCUCUAGUUAGAGGAUUGGUAGUUGAUGGGGAUCUUCAUGCUGUCAAAAGUUGUAGGGCGUGA